AUGUUGGAGGCGCUGGUGGAGCGGCUGCUUAGCCGCUACUUGGCGCCGUACGUCACGGGCAUCAGCCGCGACAAGCUGAGUGUGGCCGUCUGGAGCGGCGAUGUGGAGCUGGAGGAUUUGCAGGUCAAGCCGGAGAUCUCCGACCUCUUUGGCCUCCCCUUUCGAGUCGUCUGGGGGAGACUGAAGCGCAUCCGGCUCUCCAUCCCCUGGUCCAAGCUGGGCGCCGCCCCGGUCUGCCUCGAGAUCGAGGGCGUGCAUUUGCUCCUAGAGCCCAAGCCGAUUCCCGAGCAAACCGAUGCAGAGCUGAUUCAGCAACUCAGAGAAACAAAGAGGCAACAAAUCGACGUCUGUGAGCAGCAGAUGCUUCAGACUCGCUCGCAGUUGCUUAAGGCGGGUGACUCCGCUGCGGCAGCCUCCUCUGCAGACCGCGGCGUUUUCUUCAAGUUCGCAAACAAGAUCAUCAACAGCGUUCAGAUCGAUGUGAGCGACAUCCACGUCGCGUUCUCCGACCCCUCGCGGGGCUUCAAGAUUGGAGUUCUCUUGGCGGACUGCUCGGUGCACAACACAGACGCCUUGUGGCGGCGCAGCGCGUCUGACAGCGCGGCGAAGGGCCCCGGAGAGCCCGCUGUCCUCUACAAGGCCUGCGAGCUGAACGGCCUCGCCGUGUAUUGCUCACUCGCCGCAGCGUCCCACGAGGGCGCCGACGCAGACGCAUCUUCCCCCGCCGCGUCGGCCUCCGCUGUCGUGGGAGCGGCUGUGGUGUGCCCCCCGCUGCGCAUCGUUGCGCCGCUCCUGCCACGCCCCGCCACCAGCGAAAGGUCGCCGGAGGUUGCCAGUUGGGCGGCAAAGGCGAGGAGUUCGGAGGAAACCCUGCCGGCGCCCGUGGAGAGGCAGGCAGUCGCAGCGGGCGAGGGCGAGGGCGACGGCGCGGGCGCCGCGGCGGCGAGCCGGCCGCCGCGGCCGCCUCAGAGCCUGUCGUCGGCACCUUCAGCAGCCCAGGCUGCGUCGCCUGCGCACGAAGCCAUGGUUGACACAGAGCUUGACCUGGGCGGCAGCGGAGGCAAGUUGUUCACAGAGGACAAUGAACACGAACAGGCGCCGCCCGCGGGGGAGGGCGCGGAGGCGGGCGACGAGCGCCUGCGCGAAUCAGGCGCGAAAAAAGCAGGGAUGCCGCCUGCAGAAGGGCCACUCGUUGGUUUUUGGCUCCUGAUGUUCUUCUCUCGCAUGCGUUUGCCGCUGCUGCAGGCGUUGCCGGCAUUCUCCCCCGAAGACGCAGAGGCCUUCUUCGCGGCGCCGGUCGCCGAGUGUCGCUACGUGCUGAAGCCGCUGCACAUGCGCCUGUUGAUAUCGCACUCCACUGCGCUGGGGGAGUUGUCGGCGCGUCUGGAGGUCAAAAAGGAGUCGCAGGGGAUUGAGAUCGGGCGCACGCAGCUCAAGGCACUGCUGGAUAUCUCUCACGAGGCCGCGCAGAGACGCCGCAGAUGCGAAAGCCUUCUCCUGCGCAGCGUCCACGCCGUUCGCCUCGACGCCGAAGGUCUGAAGGGCAUCACAGAGAAAGAAUUCAUCGGCCUCUACACGCGAGAGAUCCAAGCCUCUGCCAACAUUCGCGGUGUCCUGCCGCUCAACGCCGAAGAACGCGAGAGACUGCAAAUUCUGUAUGACGUCGUCGGCGUGCGACACCUCGCCAAAUGGCAGGCUAUCUGCAAAGAGGCGCUCACACGCAUCGCCGAGCAGACGCAGCAGAGACAGCUUCUGCGGCAGCAGGAGCUCGCGCCGCCUCCCGAGCGCCUCACGUGGUGGCAGUGGGCGACUCAGGGCCGCAAGAAGUCGGAGGCUCCGGCGUCGCUGCCCUCCACGGCGUCGCUCUCUUCGGUCUCCGCCGCGGCCGCGCCGGCGCCCGGCGAGGAGGACGACCAGCCGCUGCUCACGAAGGAGGAAGUCGACUACAUCGUGAACUCCGUUCAGAGCGAUACGAUAAUCGAAAACAUUUCCGUCCCCACGGUCUACAGGCUGAGCUUUGACCUCGUGCACUUUGGCAUAUCUCUCCGCGACGACGACGUCCACUCCGCGCCCGGCGACCGGCCUGCUUCGCCUCCGGCUGUGGGCGAGACCUCGUCCUUUUUUUCUUCUCCGCUCGCCCUCCAGCAGCGCGCGGCCGCGGCCGUGGGGAUGCACAGACUCGGCGGCGCGGGAUCCUUGUCGGCUUCGGCGUCGCUGCCGGUCUCUUUUUCUUCGCAGGAUGCUUUCCUGGCGAUCGAGCUGUUCAAUUGGAGCGCGGCGCUGAAUCUACAAAACAAGCAGGACGCCUCCGGCGCGGAAAACUCGCAGUGGAGCUUCUCCUUCUCGCUAUCCAACUUCUGUGUGCGACACCGCGACCAGGUGAUCAUGCACUUCCGCAAAGACGCCGCACAGCUCGGCACUGGCGACGGGGGAAAAGCGGCCUUCUCGCCUUCCGCAAUGGAGGGCAGCGGCGCGGACAGCUCGCGCGCGCCCGCCGCGACGGCGGCCUCGGCCUUCGCCGACGCGCCCUCCGCGGCAACUGGAGCCGAAGCGCUUGAGCCUUCCCCCCUGGCUCUGCUGGCGCCGCUGGCGCCGGCGACGGCGGCGCUGCCGCUGGGGUCUCCGCAGCAGGCGGCCGCGCGGCUGGAGCUGUCGCACGACGUGACCGACGCGGGCAACAUCCUUGGCGUGGUGAUGCGCUUGGCGCCGUUGGUCGCGGCGGUGCGGCCCGACCUGCUGAAGAACUUGCUUUCCUUUUUCGUGUUCGAAGAACCCGAGGACGUGCGACGCCACAGAGAGCGGCAGCGCCGAGACGGCGGCCACCUCGCGCCGGAGGCGAGCCAGGCAACGGACGCCGAGUCGGCGUCAGGCGUGGCUGCCUUCCCGCCGUCGAGGGCCUUGUCCCGCGGCCUCCUCGAAACUGACACGCCGGCGGAGGCAGGCGGCGGCGCCAGCCGAGAAGGCGCGGAGGGGACGAGCGAGGCGCACGACGAUGGUACGCCACCGCCGGGCGGGGCUGAGGACGCACGCCGGCUGGAGCAAGUCGAGGAGAUGAAGAAGACCGAGUUCGUUGAGAACCUCAAGGCGCGCGGCGGGACGGUCUACACCGCAGCUGUGCAGCGCUUCCCGGCCCUCUUGCAGAUCGACGUGUGCAUCGCGGCUCCAAUUCUGCACUUUUCCACAGACGGCCGCGGCCAGGUCGCGCUCCAGUUCGGAACUCUGGUGCUGCGGACAGAUGGAACGUGCCCGUAUGAAGACUUGCGAGGGAUUGUCGAGCUGAACGAGACGCGAAUCAUCUGCCAGCCACCGAAUCAGGAGGAAAUUUCGCUCCUGCGGCCGAUCCCCAUCCGCGUGCAUCUCGACUUGAAGCGCCGCGAGGACUUGACAGUCAGUUUCCUCCUUGAAGAGAUCUUCUUGGAGAUCACGCCGGAGGCGCUCGCUGUCCUCCUCGCCGUGCCCGCGUCCGUAACCAAGAGUCUGAUCGAGAUCAAGAAGAAAAAGAAGAGGCGCGCGGACGAGGCACUGGGCAAAGCCGGCAAACGGGACGCGCAAGACGACGCCCAUCGAGGGGACGGGCGCAGCGGGCGCGCGGCCGGGCUGCGCGCGUUGGCGGCGGAUCGAGACAGCCGCGGCGGGGGCGGCGCGACGCCCGCAGGGGCAUGCGAGCGGGACAUCCAGCUCUCCGACGCGACCGUCUCUGCGGCGAAAGAGAUCGAGGCGGCGACGACCGCGUCGGGCCUCGGAGCGGAGGCGGAGGGUGCGGGGGGCCCGAGCCGCGAUGACGAGGCGGAGGAGAAGCCCGUCGCCGCGAAGACACGCCUCAACAUCAGCUGCACGUGCUGCAUCGAUCACUGCGGCUUCGUCAUCCACACAGCGAGCGGCUCGUCCCUCUCCGCGGCGGAGGGCGCGACUGCGACCGCGUUCGGCGCCGGGGGGAAUGCGGGCGACCCGAGGCGCGCGGGCAUGCCCGUCCUGCGCGCCGAGUUCUGCACUAUGACUGUGCAGAUGGAGGCGGACGUCUUCGAGGGCAAGUACUCGGGGUGGGCGGAGCUGCAACGCGUCUUCGUCUCAGACCCGUCCACGGCAUCGCCGCUCUUUCUCACGCUCCACGAAACCGACAUGAAGCUCUCGGACGCGCAGCUCUACGAGACGAUGGCGACCUCUGUGCAGAUGGCGCCAGGCACCUCGGUGCCCUCUGGGGGCGGCCUGGUAUCUUCGCCGCUCCCGUCGCCUGUCUCGGGGAGGCAUCGCAGCCCGUUGCCCUUCGCAGCGUCUGCGCCCUCAUUUGCGGCGCCCGCGCCCUCGUUUGCGGCGCCCGCGCCCUCGUUUGCGGCGCCCGCGCCCUCGUUUGCGGCGCCCGCGCCCUCGUUUGCGGCGCCCGCGCCGUCGAGAAUGGAGGAGGCGCCGAAGGCCGAAGAGGACGACGACGAGUUUCAGGACGCGAUUGAAGAGCGCGAGAAGUCGGUUCGCGUGGACAUGACUGCCGUCUUCCCCAAGAGCCCCUCGGCGGUUGCGUCCUCGCCGGCGGGCCCCAACGAUGCGGCGGCGGCCGUGGGAUCUGGGGCGGCCGCGGCAGAGACCGCGGAGGGCGCGGCGCUGAGUCCGCCGCCGCCCGCUGCGAGGCGCCAGCCCGAGGUGUGGGUCGCGGUGAGCACUGCGACAGUCGAGGUUCACUGGCAGCAGCACAGCAUCAAGCAAAUUCUGUGGACGCUGCGCGAGUACAAGCGUAUGAUGCAGAACAAACUCCAGCUGCACCUUGAGGAGCUGAAGAAGACCGCCGAGAAGGGCGACUACACGUUUCUCUCGAAAGAAGCCGUCGUCGCCAUGCAGGAAACCCUCCACAGUGUCCAGAAGUCCCUCUCGUACAUCGACGUCCAACAGCACCUCAACACGCCCGCGGCGACUGCGCACACCGGCACCGCGCCCGGGGGCCCGCGGAAGGGGCCUGGGGCCCCGCUUGGGGAAGAGGCGGCAGGCGCGCGGCGGGAAGGCCCGGAGGCGCCAGCGAAGGCCGCACAGCACUCCCUGAGUCCACUCAGCCCGCCGGAGGCCCCCGAAGCAGGAGAGGCAGACGUGCGCGACGCAUGCGCGGAAGCCUGGAUGACCUCGGGGCUGUCCUACGACGGCGACAUGCCGCCGCUGGCCACGGAGAAAUUGGCGCAGGAGCGCGAGAAGAAGUCGGCGGCGGGUGCGGCCUCAGCGGGGGAAAUCGAGGCGCCAGUCAGACCAGUUGUCGUCUUCGAACUCAAGGUGAAGGGAGCGGCGAUCGCCUUCUGGAAGGAAAAACACAUUUUCUCGCGUAUGGGGGUUCGCGACUUCGAGAUGCAGUACAACGUCUUCGAGAACGGUGACGGCACCAUCAACCUGGAAGUCGGCGGUGGCGCCAUCAUCAUGGAGGAGCGAUGCAUCCUCGCGCCUAGAGGAGGCGAGCAACCCAACUCAGCAGCGGGCCCUGCCGGAGCCUCUUGCGAGAGUCUCCCCAGGGUCGCUGGAGAGAAAAAAGGCAGCACGGGCGCGUACCCCUCGACCUCUCUCUUCAGCGCGCGCAUCCGCCACUACGCAGGAGUCGACCCCGUCACCAACAAGCCGUUCCCGUACUCAGUCUGCCUGCAGGGCGUAUUGCACCAGGUUUGCUACGUUUAUUUCCAGAAGGACGUCGCGAAGCUGCUGGAAUAUUUGAACGACGGCAUUUUCAACGUGUUCAUCACCAAGUCGUACCACGCGGUGAAGCAGGCGGCGACGCGUCUCUACUUUUUGUUCGCUGUGGAGAUCGCGUGUCCCGUGUUCAUUUUGUGUGAGGACAAGGAAAUCAUUCCGGGCUUCGUCCCUCCCGUCCCAAAGCGGCGAGACGUCUCCGCCGCGACCAGAAGUCCGCGCCGCACGUCGUCCCCGGGCACUGCGCGCACAGUCUCCGCGCUCACACCACCGACGCUCUCGCGCGCGUCGUCGUCGCACUCGACGCUCCGCGACCCCGGUGCCGCCGCCGCCUCGGUGGCUUCUGCGGCCUCGCCCUCCUCGUCGUCAUCCUCCUCUGCGCUGGCCUACGCCGCCUCGCACUGCGCCGUCGACUUGAAGGGGCUGGGCAGCUACGUCACGUUGGACUUGGGGCACCUGCGCGUGCGAAACGCGUAUGUGUGGGACGACCGCGACCCCGAGGUCUGCGAGCCCUCUUUGCCUGCGCGGCUGGGUCGCGGCGGGCUCUUCGCGGGUCCAGGGGGCGCGGGCACGGCCGCCCCGCCGCCGGAGUCCGCGAAGAGCCCGCCGCGACCAGCGCACCCGACGGAGGGAGAUCGCGGAGGCGGGGUCCGAGCUACUGCGGAGGCCCCGGGUGAGGCGGCGAAGCGGACCAUUCCUGCCUCGCUCAGGGACGACGCGUGGAAGGUGAAACGCGGAGACGGCGCGAGUGGCUCUGUGUCUGGAAUGUCCUCAACGACGGCGGGGACCGGGCAGCGGAAAGACGUGGCGGGCGCGUUCGAGUCGUCCGCCUCCUUCGGCGCGAGCAGACCGCCGUCUGCGGCCUACCCAGUUCUGGGGUCGGCUGCGUCGUUCGCUUCGUCGUCGUUCUCUGCAGACGAGUACACCUACCUGUUGCGGGCGAAGUCGUUCACGCCGUCAGCCCUGCCGCCGACUCGCGUCUUCACACUCAGCGUUGAGAUGUUUGGCCUCACGAUCGGCGCGGCGGACAACGCAUCGGCGGGCGGCGGCACAGGCCGGGGCGGGGGGGGCUACGUGUCGCGCAACGUCCAGGGCUGUCUCCUCGAGAACGUGGACGCUGCGGUGGCCUUCCGCUCCUCUCGCGGGUUCGUCGACGUGGAUCUCGACACCACGCCGUGGUGCCUUCGGCUCUCGCGCCAGCAACUCACUUUCGUGCUGGACGUCAUCAACGAAAACCUCGCAGGCAAGGGGUACCGGCCCGCGCCCGUCGUCGUCACACUGCCCGCCUUGGGUUCAGCCAGGAGCGAAGCCUAUGGGCACGCCACCCCCCCGUCUGCGGCCGCGGGCGUCGACGUCGAGGGCGCGGGGACAUAUCCGUCCCUCGGUGGAGACUCCUCGGGGGGAGGCGAGGGGGAUGCCGAGCGCGCUGAGCAGGUGCGACAGGCCCUGGAAGACUCCACCGUGCGCGUGCGGCUGCGCAUGACCGUUCCGCAACUUCUCCUUGAGGCAUCCUUCGGCGAGGAGGCGCCUCUCGCGCUCUUCUCGCUGCAGAACGUCGUCGCCGGCGCCGAAGUGUCUCUCUUUUCGCUCUACUUCACUUACCACUUCGUCCUCUGCGCCCAGUCCUUCGCCAUCGACGACAUCCGCACGAACAGCGCCAACUUCUACAAACGCCUCGCGGAGUGCUACCUGCUGCCCGCGGGUGCAGCAGGCCCCGCCGGGCCCGUCGCUGCGCGCGGUUUCUCCUUCUGCCGCGAAGGCGACGACGCAGGCCGAGCCGGCGCUGCGGCGAGCGACGAGGAUGAUUGGAGUGGUCGGCGCGGCGGCGCGGCGGCAGCAAGACGCGCUGGAGGCGAAGAGCGUGGAGAGGCGAUGAAGGGAGAAGCUGCGACUUCGGGUCUGGCGGACAAGCGAGGGAUUCUCUCGCGGAAGUUUUCGAGCCUGGGGCAGCAGUCCGCGCUCUUUUCGGCGCCAAAGCCCUUGCCCGCCUUUUCGCCGCAGACGGCUCUGUCGGCAGACAGCUUCCUACCUCGCGGCGGGAGCGUGGAGUCCGCAGGGGGCCUGGGGGCACGCGGGCGGUGGAGCAGCCUCGAGGAGCUGGGGAUAGUCCCUGCGGCGCCGCAAGCAGGCGAGGGCGGCGCCGGAGCCGACGCGGACGGCGCAGUCCAGCCUCUGCGGCCUGCCAUCAAGAUCGAGUUCGCCUCGUCCCUGCAGGAAGGCGGCAUGCACAUCUCGAUUCACAACGCGACCAUCUACCUGCUGACGGUGGAGCUGAUGGACUUCAUCUCCUACUUCACGUCUUCGUGGGCGUUCAGCACGAUGCGGUGCUACCCGAAACCCGCGCCCCCGGUGCUCCGCCGGAGCGCGCCAGUCGACGCGGGGCCCGACGGGGGACCUGGCGGCGCGUCGUGGGCCGCGCCUGUCGACGGCGGCGCCCGGGCGAGACUGUCUCUCGGCGGGCGCCGGCUCGCCUCGCCGCUGUCGGGCCCGUCUCCCCCUCAGGUUGUCUCGGAGGCGAACGCGGGGGACCAAGGGCGCAAGCGGGGCGACGGUGGCGACGACGAGCGAGCGGCGGCCUUCUCCGGUGUCGCCUUCGCCGGAAAGGGAGUCCCGGUCGUCGGCUCUGAAACCAGCUUCUCGUCAUACCCCAGCGCAGACGUUGACGCGGAGGGGCGCUGCGCGUCGGCGGUGGAGAUCAAUCCGCACGUCCGCUUCGCAUCCUUCGCGACCGACGGCGGAGACGAAGACCCCCCGCCGGCCGAGCGCAGCGACGCGACCGCGGCGGCCUUCCAAGACCAGCGGCUGCUGCCGGCGAGCGCUGUCGUCCCCGAGAUGGGGCCGACGCGCGACAAGCCUUUCCGGAUUACGGUCACGGUUUCGAGUGGGCGGUUCAUUCUCUACACGGACUUGAAGAAGCCGACGGCGCCGGUGCUCCAGUGGACGAACGACUUCUACGUGAACAUGGUCAGCGCGGCAGACAGCCUGCAGAUGAAAAACAUUGACAUCUUGGACUGCCGAAUUGCGCGGCUCGACGUCAGGCCACCGCCCUCCUCGCCGGCGGCCUCGUUCUGCGCCAACACCCCGCAGAGGCAGAGCCGCCGCGGCAGCACCUCGCUGCCCCCUGCGACGCUGUCCCGACGUUCGUCGUCUUCUUCGCUUGCCGGCAGCCACGCGAGCGAGCCGAGGGACGCCGAGGGGGAGGCAGCCGGGCGCCAGUCUUCGCGUUCCUCUCUCACUUCUUCGCUCUCCAGAGACGCACACCUGGUGCCGAUCCUCGACGACCAGUCUGCGGUGCUGCUGUGUGAAGCGUUCCGCGUCCAGGGCCAGGGGACGUAUCGCUCCGUGGACGCCAAGGAGGAGUUUCGCCAGCGGAAGGCGCAGGCGAUCGUUUUGGAGGAAAAGCACGCUCCAGGCGCGGCUUCGCGGCUGUCUGGGCCCGAUGCCGCGGGCGCCGCCGCCGGCUCUGCCUCGAGCUCGUCGCGCGCCACUGGCGACAUCUACAGGAGCUCGGUACUGGCGACGCGGCAGCUCCAGCGCGCCCUGAAGCAGCGAACCGGGGGGAAGGGCGCCUCACUGUCCUUUGCGCUCGUGCCUGAGCAGCUCAAGGAGGCUGUCGGCGGCCGGCGCGGAAGCGCAGACUCUGAGGAGCUCCGUGGUGCGGGGGAGACAGGGGCCGGCGCCGCAGAACCGAAGAAGGCCGAAGACGCGGCGGCAGCCAGCAGGGACGAAGGCGCGAAACUUGAGGGACUGCGCGGACGCGGCACCGAAGGCGAGGAAGGCGAACGCGUCGCCGGAGGUGGAAAAGAAGAGGAAGACGAGGGCAAGGUCCUGCUCAGCGACCUUGUGUUUUCUUUCGAUAUUCCAGUUUUCUUCCUCCGCGUCUCGAGUCGAGAUAUGGCGCUGCUUCUCGCUGCCGCGACGACGAUCUACGCGGACACGCCCUCGGUGAACCCCGACGAGCCGUCUCCGCCGAUUCGGCCUCCGCUGCCGGAUGCGUUUCUGCUUUCUUCUUCAGCCGCGGGCACCGCGUCUGCCGCGUCUGCGUCGGGCGCGGCGAGCGCGCGGGCGGUCGCGGCGUCUUCCGCGGGGAGCGGGGAGGUUUCAGUGAGCCGGGCACUGAAGGUAGACAUCAAGCUUCAGGGGGUUCACCUCCUGCUGCUAGACGACUUGCGGGCCUCGGUGGUGCCUCUGGUCAGGCUGCGUCUCUCGGUGGCGAGCAUCCUGAUCGAGAAGAACGCACAGCAGUUCCUCCUCCGCCUGAAGGAUUUCAACUGCGGCCUGGACUACCUGAAUCACCGCAUCGGCUCCUGGGAGCCUUUCGUGGAGCGAUUCUGCAUCACAGCGAUUUAUCGAUUCGACUACGAGGAGGCGGAACGCACGCGGCUACAGCAGCAGCUGCAAAACAAAGCGACGCCGCCCUCCGCCCCCACCGCCGCCGCCCCGGCGCCCCCGACCCCAGCCUCUCAGCCGUCCGUCUCCGCGACGACCGCCGCGGUGCACAGCAUCGCCAGCUCGGCCUCCACUGCCAUUGCAGCCGCGGGGGGCGACAGACCGCGCGCAGCUGCGGAGCCCGCCACGAGUGGCGGCUCGGGCACGCUGGCGGGUGUCGAGGACCCCUGGCGCUCCUUCAAAGCCGUCAAGACGUACCUGGUGACCUCCACGUCGCCGCUCUGGCUCAAUGUGACCCCGGAGUUAUGCAAGCUGCUCACCUGGUUCGUCCCUUACCUCGCCGUCCACCUCGGCGACUUGAGCAGGGCGACUGAGCGCGGCGGCGGCGAGCUCGAAGAGCGAGACCGAGCUGAGGACGACGAAAGCGCCCUCGAGGGCCUCGCCCCGUCGCUGAGUCGCCUUAGCGCAGAAGCCGCCGGCCUGUCCCCUCCUGAGGAGAAGAAUCGAGAUCCCGCAGAUGUCGCCGGCGCGACGGCGGGGGCCGGCGAGGCGGCGGACGACCCGCGCGGCGUGACUCAAGAAGUAAAAACCGUUCGGUACGCGCCCGCGACGCGUGGGAGGCGAGCCGAAGACGAUGGAGCUGCUCCGCUGCGCCGGCAAGAAACGUCGCGGGGAGAGAAGAAGCGAUCCGCCGAUGGCGACGAUUUGAGCAAGUCGAAUGCGGCCUUCCGCUACAUCAACUUGAGCGGCAACUGUUUGUACGCCUUCACUCUCCUCGAGGCGCGAGGGCUCAUGGAGAACGCACCCCUUGGACGGCAGUACUCGGUCGUGGGGCCCUCUCUGCAGCAGUUUUCACGUCAGCGGAGACGGGUUUCUUCGCUUUUGCUAGCGUCCUCGCAGGCCCCCGGCGUGCCCCAGACCGCCAGAGGCCCGACAGGCGCGGACGCGUCGGCGUCGGAGGCGGCGCUUAGCGGCCGCGAGUGCGGCGCGGGCGCCUGUCUCUCCCAGCCACUUGGCGCCGACGCGUCCGCGCCUCCCUCCGGACCCGACGCGCUUCAGCUCCAGGUCGCGCCGAGCGUGAUUCGCGCGGGUGGGCCGCCUGUCGCCGCGGCGCCGGGCCUCGGGACAGCCAAGGUGCAGCAGACGGUGGGAGUUUUGGUGCUGCUGCAGCCGACGGGGACGGCGACUCCGCUGGACGACUUGACGCAGGGCCUGACGGAGGAGGCAUCGCGGCGCGCGCGCCGCCGGCAGCGGAUCUACCUGGCGCGGUGCCCGCCGGCGGGUGCAGUGGAUCGGCUGGCGGCGAUGUUUCCCGACGUGCCCCGCGCGGCGAUCAUUCGAAACCUCAACGUGACCCAGGACGUGACCGCUGCGGCGAACGCAUUCCUGGUGCGCAGCCAGCUGCGGGCCUCGCAGGCCGACGCGCGCGCCCGGCGAGGCGGCUUUGGGGCGGAGGACGCAGACGAAGACGAGGGAACGAUCCGGUUUGACGACGGACGGGGCGACGGAGACUCAUACCGGUCCUCUCAGGGCAAGCUCGGGUGGGACGUGUCGCCCGCAGACAUCGGGCCCUUCCCGCGAGGCAUGCGGGCGGUGGCCGUGGACAUUAUGCGCAACUGCUGCGUCACGCUCCUUCCGCCCUUCACCUACAGCGGCGCGGAUCCGCAGGCAGGGUCGCAGCCCGGCGUGCCUGGCGCGGAUUGCUCAGACUUCACAGAUCUGACCUCGUCUGCGCUCUUGUGGGCCUCCUCGCUGCCUGCGCUCGGACCAGCCAGCGCCCGCGGCAAGGGCGCGAAGGGGGCCGCCGCCAAGGGGGCGCCCGACUUCACCUCCUGGACGGAGACAGGCCCGGCGGCGAGCAGUCCCCUCAAGCCCGCGGCCUCCUUCGUCCCCCGCACCUUCGCCAGUCGCCAGUUUCAGAAGCUGAAGCAGACCAUGUCCUCGACUUCGCUGGCGGGCUCCCGAGGCGGGGCAGAGGGCGGCGAGGGCGGCAGCCUCAGGGCGCUGGGCUCCUCCAUUGCGGAAAAGAGCAAAGGCAGAGGAAGCGACUCUGCCCCCUCGCUCGGCCCUCUUGCAGGGCCCUGGGUCGCCACGCCGACGAGAGACAGAGACGAGAGGGAGACAUGUCUGUUUCCUCGGGAGGACGACGCCGUCACCACGGCCGCCUCUCAGGGUUUGCUGCGGACUUCCUCGCGCAACUCCUCCUCGCCCGCGACCGCCAAAACGCUAGGCGGCCUCCGCCGGCUGGGCUCCAACUCGUCUGUGGCGGGCUCGGAGGCCACCGGCGGCCCCGGGGGCCUGACGCAGCGGCGGGUCAGCCCCUCGCGACCCGCAGGGCCAAGCGCAGGGAGUCUCGCUUUGGUCCCCGAAGCGACCCCGCCGAGUGGGCGGCUCUCGGGGCUCUCAGGGGCGCUUGGGAAGCGGACAACCGUCGGGCACGCGUCGACUCGGGACGGCGUCCUGAGGUCUGAGGAGAUGCCGUAUGGGCGGGGCCCCAGGCAGCGAGAGACAAGCCUCAUUAUGCCUCCGACUGCAUCAGGCUACCGUGAUUUCCUUGACGCGGCGGCAGGCGUGGGCGACGGAGACUUUUCUUCAGACGCCAGCGCGCCUUCUCUCGCGUCGUCGCGGACUGCGAGUCUUGUCCCCACGCCUUCUUCGUCGUCUUCGGCACGCCCCGCGUUCGCCUCCUCUUUGCCGGGGCGCGCCGGCGCGGUCCCCUCUUUCCCGCCCCUGCCGCCGACGCCUCCAGGCCCCCGCGGCGGCCCCGUGGGCGCGUUGGCGGGGGCGGGGCCGGGGCCGGCGAGCCGCUCGCCUUCUCCAUCGGUCGGUCUGCUCAGCGGCGACGAGCCCUUGCCGUUUUUGCCUCUCUCGUCUUCGAAGAACGAGCUGAUUUGCGAGGUUCUCAGCCCGCAUCCUUCGUACAAGUUGCUCAUGGUAACGUCGACAGUGAAGCUGUUCAACUACAGCGGCUUGCCGCUGCAGUUUUGCUUCCUUGACAGUCACCUGAAUCCACUUCUGCUCCCCUGCGCCGAGGCGGGCAAGGCGAAGGCGGAGGCGGUGUUCGGCGCCGGCGGGGCGGCUGGCGAGGGCGGCGCGGCCUCUGGCGGCGGUCAGUCCUUCCACGAGGUCUUCUCGUCUCACGGCGAGCUGAAAGUCGUGCCCCCCUGGCUGCGGGAGAAGGAGGCGCUGAUUGACAGCCAAGUGGCGCGGGACGUCCACGAGCAAAUCGGCAACGUCCUCCUCCUCGACGAGGACGCCAGCGGUCUCACGACUCAGCACUCGCUGUCAUCUGGCUCGCUGCGCUCUUCCGCGCCCUCGCUCACGUCGCUGCCGCAGCCCGGUGGCGGCGCGGGGGCCGCUGGCGCCCGCGACCACGGCGAGGCGGAGCGCCGCGAGCGGAUCGCGUCGCCCGGGGAGUCUCUUGGAGACCCCCGGGGCGGCGGGAUCACUCUGGAGGACGAAAAAGAGAAGCGUAGAGCGUUCUACAAAGCAACCUACUCGUACACGUUCCUUCUCGAAGACAAGGAAUUUAUGUCUGUGCCCCAACCCGCAAUCCUCGGCGCCGGCUGGUGCUACCUCUGUUUCCGCCCCGCGGCGUUCGCGCAAGAGGGCGAAGAGGACCCGAAACAGGGCAGACACGAAGGCAACGACAGCACGGAGGAUUCGUCGGAGGAGCUGCCUUCACCACCAGACAUGAGCAGCCUGGCGGGCUGGACUGACUUAGUCGACACGCGCCAGCGCAUGGAGGGCCUUCGAUGUCGGCAGAGUGCGUAUGUGCCGCCUUGGAUGCGAAAGUCCGCGGCCGGUGUCUCAUCCGGCAAGCAGGGCAGCAAGGCGGGGACUGCGGCGUUUCUCCGCGCCUCUGCGGCGUCCACGUCUCGCGAAAACGCGGAAGGCCGCGCCGCAGCCGCGGGCGCGCAAGGGACAGGGCGGAAGGGCAGCGACGGCGUGCUUGUCGACACAGAGCAUAACAUGUAUUUCUUAGUCAACAUCGAGGGCCGCAAGAGCGGCCUGCCGGCGGAGAAGGACGUCCGCGAAAUCAGCAUUUUUCCGGCGCUCACGCUGAUCAACGCCACGCCAGUUGACCUCGACGUCACGCUCGCGCCGUCGUCGGUCGACCUGAAGCUGAAGCACCUCCUCGCGACCUCGCUCGCGGGAGUUGAGAAGAUUCAGCAGCUGCAGGCCUACCCCCUCCUCCGCGCCACGCUGCUCAAGCAAAGCACCUUCUACGCUUAUGGAGUGCCGCCCAACCGGCAGCUAAAGAUGAAACUGAAAUUCGCCAGGCUCGAAAACGCUGGCUGGUCCUCUACCAUCAACGACCUCGUGAACACGGCGGACGAAGUUGUGAGUCGACUUCUGCUUCCGGCGAAGAACUUUGCUCCCGUGGAGCUGGAAGUCCUGCGCGACAGCACCGAAGUGGCGCACUCGCUCUCAUUCGUGAAGGAAAAGCAGCUCUCCGUCGUCAUCUCCGCGCCCCGCUGCUUCAUCGACCGCACGGGCCUCGGUUUUCUCCCCGUUAAGGACGGGCGCCAGUACCCUGUCUUCGACAACCAAAUCAUUCUCCUCGGAGAUUCCACGCUCCCGGAGGUGAAUCUUGUUCUUCCGUCGUACCGCGCGGGUGCGACCGCGUUCGGCUACACGCAGACGCGGGCCUCAAAGGACCCCGCGGGCCAGAUCGUCCAGUGCUCGAUCGACGUCCCGGCCCUCGGAGGCUUCAGCCACACCACUGCCGUCACGAAGGACCGGUGCUUUUCUCUCUGCAUGAACACGGAGCGAAUUGACCCUGCCGAAACCGGAGGCGUGCUGAGCCGCGUGGUGUCUCUGCUGCCGGAGUACAUCAUCUCCAACUUCCUCCACGGCGUCAUCUACUACCGCCACUACGGCACGCAGGGCCCUGCGAUCGAAGUGAAACCCAAUACCAGCUACCCGAUCUACUGGAGCAGCCCAGAGCUGCCGUUCGCGUUUCAGUUCCGGCCGGGAACCACGGAGGGCUACGCGUGGUCUGGCCCCAUCGUCGCCUCUGAGGAGUUCGCGGGACAGAACUGGCUCGUGCUCUACAACGGCAUCAGCAACUCGACUCCAGGCGUCUUCGACGUGGAGGUGUGCCCGGACAACGGCGUGAAGAGCGUCUCGAUUCGGCACAGCAGCGAAGCACCGGGGGGCUACGUGGUGAUCAACAAAUGCAAGGCCCUUCAGAAGGUCAUGGUGCACACGUACCACUACGAGAUGGCGCUUCAGGGGCCUUCCAGCGCGCGCGGCGACGAGCGCAAAGUCCCCGACUUUGACUUCCACUUCUUCGCCCAGUACGGCGAAAGCGUGCACUUUGGCUGGCCGUUUCCCUUCACCUACGCAUCACGACCGUGCCAGGUCCUGCUGUGGAUUGACAGCCGGACGGUGGCGCCGAAGAAGCCGAUCGCACUGGAUUUGCGCAUACCGCAGCACAAGCGGUACGAAGUCAGUCUGGGCCUGCGCAACAUGCCGCGCAUCAUCGUCCGCACCGAGAAACGCGGCGACUGCGUCGUCAUCGAAGUCCGCUCAAAGCCGGGCACAGGCGACCCCUCGUCUGCCGACAGCGCCACGCACUCUGGCGUUGAAGACCUGACCAGCGUGCAUCUGGCGGUGAACAUGGCUGAGUUGGGCAUUUCGCUUAUCUCCGAAAGCCUGCGGCAGGAGUUAUGUUUCGCCGAGCUCUCGCAAGUCGCGCUCGGGUUUCAGCAGAAAGGCGAGCGCCAGAAGCUACUCAUUCGGCUCGCGGACAUUCAGAUCGACAACCAACUCGCCAACGCGCAGAAGCCGGUGCUCCUGGCGAACCGUGGAGGGGCGGGGAGCAGCCAAGACGACGCUUGGGGCACGGAUCGCUACGCCUCGAAGAGUUUCUUGACGCUCUUUGUGGUGCGGCACCACGCGCUGAGCCGAGACUUGGCGCUGAGGCGCGUGCACGUCGAGCUGGACACGCUCGAAGUCGAAAUCGACGCAGACAUGCUGAACGGCCUGAACGACUUCUUCCACGCCUGCUUAGACUCGCUCGGCCUCGGCGCGAAGAAGGGACGCGGGGGCGGCGCCUCGCAGGGCCCAGACGCGCAGCACACGCGGCGGAAGCGAGCGGGCGUGACUGGAAAGGAGCUGCAGGCGUGGGUCUCGCAUCCCCUUCAGGACGGUUACGUGCCUCCGCCGCUGCCCACGGUCCUGUCGCUCGAGAGCCUCGUGAUUGAGAAAUUCGACAUUUUCUGCUGGUGCUCCUUCGUCCUCGACAAAAUGCACAUGCUCUCCGAUCUUCUCAAAGUCGGGCUUCGAAUCCUUAUGGCGUCUGGACGCCUUGAACUCAUGGGUGCGCGGCUGCAGUUCCAGCGCGAGGAGUUCCGCGCCAUUCGCGGAAGCGCGCGCACGUUUUUGGCGUGCUUGCACGAUCGGUACACGCAUCUGCUGCUGAGUUCGAUUUUCUCGUCGCUGGGGCAGUCUUCGCUGCUGAACUUGCCGCGCAUGCCCUACGAGUUCGGGAAAAACACGAUCGGCUUGGCGGCGAACGCAGUCGACAGCGUGAGCGCCGGCCUCGGCUCACUGCUGUCCACGCUCACGUUCGACUCCGAGUACAUCAACCGGCGGCAGCGCGAGCGUGUGCGCACCGCCAGCAGCAUGCGCGACGGUUUCCUGAACGCAGGGAAAAACAUCGGCGAGGGCGUCUGGUCGCUGACCAACAUCGUCACGAAACCCAUCGAAGGCGCCCAGCGCGAGGGUGUCGGCGGAUUCUUCAAGGGCAUCGGCAAAGGCCUGGCUGGGUCGCUCGUGAAGCCCCUCGACAAAGUCGGGCAGGCCGUCUCCGACAUGACCCGCGGAAUCAAAGCGGAGGUCUCCAAACCCCUGGGAGGCACCAAGUGCCGCACCGAGCGAAGACGGAAGCCCAGAAUGCUCUGGGGCGAAUACGGAGAAAUCAGGCCCUACGACGAGCGCGAGGCGUGCCUGCGCGAGUGCCUGGGGCUCCAGGUGAUUCGGCGGCUGCUCAGGUGCGUGACGGUGCUGCGCCAGGAGACGCUUCCGGCGCGGCACCUUGCGCUGCUGUUUUACCCCAAGGACGUCUUUUUCGUGGACUUAUACGGCAACCGCGGCGUGCCGCCCUCGUCGGGCGCGAGGAGAGGAGCCACGGCGGACGACUCAGAAGACGGCGGCAAAGGCACACGCGCGUACAUUGUCUGGCACGUCAGCAUCCCUCUGAUCAAGGAGGUUCGGGCGAGCACCCACGGUAUCAUCAUUCGGACCUCCGUGCCUGGGGGGACUCCACAGAGCGACACAGCGUCGCCUUCCGCCUCGUCGACGUAUCUCAGCGCCCAGUCCGCGACAGCGGGCGGCGCCCACGGCGGGGGGCAGCGGCCGCUGCCGGCGCCGCUCUCGCACGCGUCGUCGCACGAGGGGCGAGGCGACGCCGCGACUGCCGCUUGGAGAGGACGGGGCGAGAAGUGCUACCAAGUCCCCUGCCAAACGGCCGCCCUCACGCGGCAGAUCUACCAAGAGCUGCUUGAGGCGCAAGGCAGCACCAGCGCCGUCUUCGAACUCGGCAGCUGGCGAACUCUCCAGUACGCCAAGUACCAGGACGAGGACUAA